AUGGAUGCGCUUGUCGCAAGGUACAGCCGUCCGGCUUACCAGCAGAAUGAGCUCUUCUCGGAAGAGGAACAGCAAGACCUUUGCGAAACCCAGCCUCCUUUGUCUCUCAAGUUCGCCAUGCCUCCAGUAGCUCAUCCCUCCUCCUGGCUCCGCGCCGCAACCGACGACCGCGCCAACCCUUCGUGCCCCAUCAAGAUCGCCCACGGCACGACCACACUCGCCUUCCGGUUCCAGGGCGGCAUCAUCGUGGCGACGGACUCUCGCGCGACCGCCGGCAACUGGAUCGCCUCGCAAACAGUCAAGAAGGUGAUCGAGAUCAACAGCGACCUGCUGGGCACCAUGGCGGGCGGCGCGGCCGACUGCCAGUACUGGCUGGCGUGGCUGGGCAUGCAGUGCCGGCUGCACGAGCUGCGGCACAAGCGCCGCAUCAGUGUCGCGGCGGCCUCCAAGAUCCUGGCCAACCUGGUGUACCAGUACAAGGGCAUGGGCCUGUCCAUGGGCACCAUGUGCGCCGGCGUCACCAAGGAGGAAGGGCCCGCGCUUUACUACAUUGAUUCGGACGGCACCCGGCUGGCGGGUAACCUGUUCUGCGUCGGAUCCGGUCAGACUUUUGCCUAUGGCGUCCUGGAUGCCGAGUACAGAUACGACCUGACGACGGAGGAGGCGCUCGAGCUGGGCAGCAGGAGCAUUUUGGCCGCUACACAUCGUGAUGCCUACUCUGGUGGCUUCAUCAACUUGUACCACGUCAAGGAGUCGGGAUGGGAGAAGCACGGCUUCAACGACACGAACCCUAUCUUCUGGAAGACCAAGCUGGAGAAGGGCGAGUUUAGCAACGUCACGAGCGACUUCAACGAGGAUGUUUCGACCCGCGUUUAA